AUGUCUAUCGAAGGAGAGGACUACGACAAACUAACCAAGGAGGAACGCGAAGCCCGAGACAUGGCUGAUCGCGCUCGUGAAGCAGCGGAGCAAGCCGCAUUGCCGUACAUCUGGAGGCAGGAGUUGGGUGAAGUCGAUGUGGUUGUGCCUGUGCCCAAGGGUACUCGUGGAAAAGAUCUUACUGUGAUCAUUCAAAAGAAGAAAUUAAGUGUCGGGCUCAAGGGUAAGGAACCCAUCAUGGGGGGAGAACUGUCGAAGGAGAUAAAGGUCGAGGAGAGUACCUGGACAAUUGAGGACCAGGAGGAGGUCCAUAUUCAUCUCGAGAAGCUCAACAAACAGCAGUGGUGGGAGAACGUCCUCACCCAUCAUCCCAAGAUCGACACAACAAAAAUCCAACCUGAAAACAGCAAACUCAGCGAUCUCGACGGGGAGACCAGAGGAAUGGUGGAGAAGAUGAUGUUUGACAAUCAACAAAAGCAAAUGGGCAAGCCAACGUCAGAUGAGAUCAAGAAAAUGGAAACUCUCAGGAAGUUCCAGGAAGCACAUCCGGAGCUUGACUUCUCGAACGCCAAAAUCUCAUGA